UGAGAAUUUCCAAGCCCUCCAACCUUCCACAGUAUCAUGUCCUCGGAUCUCCAUAGAAGAAACAUUGUGAUUAUCGGUGGGGGCAUCAUUGGCUCCACAACUGCCUAUUUCCUCUCACACAAUGACAAGUUUGAUAGAGAGCGAGAUAGAAUAACGCUAUUAGAAGCUACCAAAAUUGCGGGCGGUGCUUCAGGGAAAGCGGGAGGAUUGUUGGCGUUAUGGGCGUACCCGAGUUGUCUUGUGCCGUUGAGUUAUCGGCUGCACAAGGAGCUAGCAGACAAACACGAAGGUGCAGAACGAUGGGGUUACCGGGCCUUAUACUGUGGCCAAAUUGACGCGCGAGGUCGCCUUCACUCAAAGCCAAGUCGCUCGUCAAACAGCCAAUCCGUGCCGUUGCAGAAGCGUUCCGGUACAGCCACCAGUACUACUUACUCCACAGUCCCGAAUGAUCUCGACUGGAUAGACAGGGAAAGUCUAUCCUCUUACGAAGAAAUGGGGAACCCCUCCACGACUGCGCAAAUCCACCCUUUCCAGUUCACUACGUCAAUGGCAUCCCUAGCUGAAGAGAAGGGAGUGAAUAUUAUUUUCGCUUCUGCAAUUUCCAUAAAUCAGGCCUCCGGUGCCGUAAAAUCUGUCACGUACAGGCCUAAAGAUGGUAGCGAAGAGAAGAAGAUAGAAGCAGACACUGUGGUCCUAACAGCUGGUCCCUGGACAAAGACUGUGUGGCCAAGCGCCCCAAUAUCCGCACUUCGAGCGCACUCUGUAACAAUUCGUCCAUCGAGACCAGUCUCUGCUUAUGCACUUUUUACCUCUGUCGAAAUUCCUAAGGGAGAUGGUAGGAGAAGCAAAAUCGUAACCCCAGAGAUCUACGCCCGUCCUAACAACGAGGUGUACGCGUGCGGCGAAGGUGAUACGCUCGUACCCUUACCUGCUGCGACCGAUCUCGUUCAAGUGGAAGCUUCCCGAUGCGAAGAGAUCGUCCAGCAAGUUGGUUCCAUCAGCGAUGAGUUAAGGGAUGGAGAAGUUACAGCAAGACAAGCCUGCUAUUUACCGAAUGUAACCCCGGGCGGAGGUCCGAUGAUCGGAGAAACGGAGGUUAAAGGCCUAUUGAUGGGUGCGGGACAUACUUGCUGGGGAAUUCAGAAUGCGCCCGGGACAGGGAAAUGUUUGAGUGAGUUGGUUUGGGAUGGCGGCGUGAAGAGUGCGAAUUUGAGUAGUCUGGAUCCAAAGUUAUACAUUCGGCGAGGCGAGGAAGAAGGCACAUGACAUAAUUAAUCAUUUACAUGGGCGAGAACGCUUUCUAUCUUCG